AUGCAUGGAAAGCUCAAAAAGGUUUCAUUCUACGUGCUUGAAAUUUCCCAGUUAGAGCAAAUCCAUUUGUACUACUUUGAUGCCUCAUGCAAGUACGGAUAUUGUUGUUGGACAUCGCACACGGCCACGCUGAGCACCAAUCUGUUGAUGAGUCGAGGAUCGAAAACGACGACGAGCGGCGUAGAUAAGGUGGAAGGCGAGGCUAAGGGCACAGAGAGGUCAACGAUCAUCUCUGUGCAUUUGUUGGUCGAGGUCGCAUCUUCGACCAUCCUUCGGUUCAAUGCGGAGGUGGACUCCAGUUGGAUGCACGUCUUGAAAUGCAGACAACAAUACCAAGUUGCUCCUUUGAUUGUACAUGAAUUAGAGGUAACUGUUGACCUAUUUGUCUUGUCCUUACAAGGAUUUGAUGGUGUACUUGGAGUUUCGGGCCUGAAGGGGACCAAUUACUAG